ACACACACACACAAAACUCCUCCCUCACACACACACACACACCACUCCUCAGUUCCGUACUCUGAUAGAAAGAAAACGUUUUAAAUGUAAGUGACAUCAGAAUCACUAUUAAACGAAGACAGUAGAAUUUUAUGGACAAACAGACUACACUCUGCAUUACAACAACCAAUCCGUGUCGGAUAUAAAUGAAGACGACAUCUUAAAGUUGUGCUACAGUUUAUUUUUCAGCCAUGGCUGCUUUAAGAACGGUCAAACUGUAUGGAUUUUAUCGCAGUCUUCCACAGAGCUGUUCCGCGUUCAGAACAAGCGCAAAUCCUCUGCAAACGUUCAGUCGGUGGAGUCUUUCAGUCGCCUGCUGUAGCACCGUAGCACCAUCUAGUGAUCUUUCAGUGCAGUACAAACAUGGCCGCCCUGUACUGGCUCUGCCUCUGCCUUCCAGACAGGAGAAAUGUCUGUUCCACCUGAGACCCAUGCUCUCAACCGUCAGUGACUUUAUUUGUGACAUCCAGAGAGAAGAUCCAGGAGUCUCAACAGCUUCUGUACAUACCACAGAUGGUGUAAGGAUUGACUCCACUGCAUCUGUGAACACUCUGCUCAACAGGGACUUUCAGCUGCGCAUCAACGGAGUCGUCUACAACGUCCAAGCAGCACCAACAGAAACUGUGCCAAACGAGGCUGCAACGAGUGUGGCAGAUAUAAAGAACAUGGUACACAUGUUACACACAGCACUGAACCUUCCUGAGCAUCACCUGAUGAAGGAAAGGCAUCUGCAACAGAAACUGGACAUUCUGAAACAAGAACUCAUGCCUCUAGAGCAGAUGAGGGCCCAUCUUGACAGGAAGGCCGAGCACAGUUCUUCGCGUGCUGUCUGGGCGGGUUUGGCUCUGCUCUCGGUUCAGGGUGGAGCUCUGGCCUGGCUCACAUGGUGGGUUUACUCCUGGGACAUCAUGGAGCCUGUCACCUACUUCAUCACCUACGGCACCAGCAUGGGGGUCUACGCCUACUACGUUCUCACCAAGCAGGACUAUGUUUAUCCAGAUGCAAAAGAUAGACAGUUCCUGCAUUACUUCUAUAAAGGUGUCAAAAAACAGAAGUUCAACGUGGAGAAAUACAACACACUCAAAGACGAGCUGGCUUCGGUAGAGAAAGACUUGCGACGUUUGCGAAACCCAAAUCGACUCCAACUGCCUGUGGAGCAAAUCGAGCCCAACAGUCAUGCUGCACUUCCCUAAACAUACAGUAGAGCUUAAUACUGGUGUUAUUUAUAAUACUGUUUACAGAUAUUAUUUCAUGGCAGACUUUUAGAAAACACCAUAUUAUUUGGAUCAACCAAAUAUUUAAAAUAAAGCACUUAUACUGGA